AUGCAGAAUGAUAUUACCGAAAUACAAUCAGUUGUGGGGAACGAUGACACCGAAAACACCUUGGUUUAUGAUGUUGAGAAACUGAAAGAGGUGAAAGCCGAUGAGAGCAAAGUGGAAGAUGUGGAAAACAGAUCUACGCGCUACACAGAUCAAGCCAUAGCAGCUGAUGAGCUGCACGUGAAAACAGAUGGAUCCGUGUCCAUGGAUGCUAACCUCGACAUGAACGAGCAUUCCAUCUGUAAUUUGGCGUACGAUGAUAGUUCUUUGACAUGUGCUGUCCCUGCCGGUUGGGUCAAGAAUGAAAUCCAACAAGCAUCAUCGAGAUUGCAAACUGGUAUGGACACUGUGCGCAAGAUGAAAGGACCUCGUGGUGAUCGGGGAUUGGGAUGGCUUAGCGGAGGUGGCAUGCCACUGAACUCUGUAGGGAGAAAUGGUGACUUCUAUCUCGAUGCAACCACGCUCAUCGUGUACAAGAAAUUCAGCUCGAAAUGGAUGGCGUUUGGUCGGCUUCAUGGAUCAAGAGGUGAAGCUGGUCCACGUGGAGAACGUGGAUUGAUCGGUCCUGAAGGCGAGACUGGACCUAGAGGAGCUGAUGGGCAAGGUGGUGAACGCGGUCAAAAAGGUGAUCAAGGAAUACCUGGUCCAGAAGGUCCCAGAGGUGAAGUUGGACCACGUGGAGAACGUGGAUUGGUCGGGCCUGAAGGUGAGAUUGGACCUAGAGGAGAAGAUGGGCAAGACGGCCGACAAGGUGAACGUGGUGUGCAAGGUGAUCAAGGAACCACAGGUCCCAUGGGUCCCCAAGGAACCAUCGGUCCAACCGGUCCUCCAGGAAACAGAGGUCCCGUGGGUCUCCAAGGAAUCAUCGGCCCCAUAGGUCCUCCAGGAACCAGAGGCCCCAUGGGUCCGCAAUCAAAUCAGAACCUAUCCGAUCCGUUUCAUCUACUACCUCUCAUUCGGAGAAACGCCUACCUCUACAUAUACUCUCAUCCUAGCAGAUUUGAAUCCGUCAACAGGGUGAGCAGAAACAGAUACAGAGGGGGAAAUAUCGUUGACAUGAAGGACAAGAGAAUCAACGUGAACAGCAUCGACAUGUUCCGAGACGAUCACUUCUACCUCAACAUUACACAACCCAGCCAAGUUUCCAUUAGAGAACGAUUCGUCAAUCUGUUUCACGACAACAUGUCUUUUGCAAUGUUCCAAGUAAUUCAAGUGGACGCACCUGACCCUAGAAACAUGUCAUUGAAGGCAUUCGAUAUCGAUACUGUCGGAAAUUUCAGCUUGGAUAGUUUGUACGUGUUGUUCACUGCCACCCACAUAAGUGGCAACUACUUCACGCGUCCCGGCCAUUCAUCAUUCAACAUACCCGUUUCGUCUUUAGCGAACCAAUUAUCGGCGGCUUUGGAUAAACCUGUGUCGAGCAUGACGGAUCUCUUGGGUACAAAGUGUGUCAUAAGUUACGCUCGGAAUUCAGAAGGCCUAUUCACUCUAUACGUAAACUCCAUUUUGAUACAUUCCAACUUAGACACUGUCCCAUUUUCCAGGACCAAUGGAAUCGAAGAUUGCAAUUAUAGCAUUGGUGGUACUCAAUUCUUCAACGGCACUUCAUCAAAGUUGUUCUGUCAUUUGCACUUUGCAGAGAGUUUAUCUUCUCAUACAAUCCAGCGCAUCCACACAGAACUCAUGGCACACUACGAUAUAUGAAAGUGCUACUUUGAUUGUACAUAAUAUAUAGCACACAUGCUACACUACAUUCUUGAGAUGAAAAUGAAAAAUAAAACCUAUCUAUAGUGAGUGUCAUCACAACACCAGAAUGUCUGUGAUAUUGACAGUGGCGAACAACACGUCGGGCGUGAGCAGGGGAUUGCACAAACCGAACUUUACUCUAAAUGUGAAGGAGCUCGAUACGCGUGAUAAAGUCCUGCAUGUUGAAUCGGCUCAGUUUGAAGUACACUUUGAGAACAUAGACGAGGCAACGAACAAACUCUAUGUGGUACAUGGUGUAGAAGAAGAAGAAGAAGAAGAGGAUAGACUUUCCAUCAAGACGGGAACAUACAGCGAUGUAGACGAUUUGGUGUCUAUUAUCAAUGCCACUCUGAAACGAGCAGGACACGGAGACAUUGUGUUUUCCUACUCUCGUCACACCAGCCGCAUAAGUGUCUCGGUACCCAGGAAUAAACGGUGCUUGUUGAAGAAGGACUCACCCGCAUUGGUGCUGGGUGUGGGCACUAUUCUCAAGCCAUACACGAUCGAGGGAUCUCACACGUUCCCGUUCGCUGUGGAUCUGAC